AUGAUCAUCACCUCGGCCCACAAUCUCGACAGCGUGAAAGUUGAAGAUGUGUACCAUUUGCGCGGCAUGGGUUGCUACCCCGGACUUUGGGCCCAACCUUCGCACGGCCAACUUAUGCGCGUGUAUUCGCCUUUGCAGCCGUCGGCCGGCUUCCCCAACGUAGUUGCACAUCCCGCAGCUGCACUCAAGUCGGUAGACAACGGUCGACAUCUGCCUAGGGAUCGGGUAUUUUGGCCGCAUCACCUGCCGGCGGAUUGCUGAGUCGGGCCUCUGGGCAACGCCUAUUCUGAGCGGCGCGAGGGAUCUAGCCACUGCUUCGGAGACCCCUUUCAUGUACUGAAUGCUCCACCACGAUUUUGGCUGGUUAUGCUCUUCCUUCCGUUCCAUUGGUUGCCUUCGGCUCCGUUCAACGAAUUUUCGCGGAUAACCGUUGGCUGUAAAGUGUUCUUGGAGGAGAUUUAUCUCGUCUAGUUUAGCGGCUUGCGUGCUGCGUUGAGUUUCCACCCGUCGGUAUAGCGUGCGUACACAGCUUCCUUUGUGUAGCAGUGGGUGAUUGCUGUUGUAACUGGACAUUUGCAGCGUGUUCGUCGGUUUUCUGUAGACUGACGUCGCCAGUUUGCAGUCUGGUUGGCGGCAGACAAGAACGUCCAAGAAUGGAAGCUUGUCCUCCACUUCCUCUUCCAUCGUGAACUGUAGAUCGAGAAUGAUUGAGUUCGGCAGCUCUUCAUAGUAGUUAAUUUUAUCCUGAUCGAUGACUACGAAGGUAUCAUCAACUUAGAGCGCCCAAAACUUGGAUUUGUAUUCCUCGAACAGUCUUUUCUCGAGUUUUUGCAGAACCGCCUCGGUGAUGAGCCGGGAAAUUGGUGAACCCAUCGGAGUGCCCUUAAUUUGCUCAUAUGUGGUCCCCUCGAAGGUAAAAAGUGUCUUGAGGCAGUGCCCCAUGAGUUCUAUGAGAUCCUGAGCUGUGUGCUGGCCAUCGCCCUCAUCGUAAUUUUGACGUAGCAAGUCACUUAGCGUCACGACCGCAAGUGCCUUUGGCAUGGACGUGAAGAGUGAGACGACGUCAAAUGACAACAUCCUCUCAAUCGGUUCGAUUGUGACCGCUCUUAUUUUGUCAAGGAAUCGCUCUGCUAAGUGCACGGUAAAAUGCCGAUCGGAUGCAGCCACGCAGGCGGCAUUGACGGACCAGGCAUCAAACAAAGUGCACCAUAUAAGGAGAGCUGUGUGCAUGACUUCCCAGUCUCCGACUACUCGAAAAGUCAGACCUCCAAUCAUCCCUCCCUGUGAAUGCCUCCUUUUCUUUUGAUAUGCCAUCAGGGAAUCGCAUUUUCACGACUAUUGAUGACCUAGGAUAUUCUUCCGGUUAAUGAGGCUCUAGAGUGCGCGCAUUGAUUUCUAACAUCCUGGAUAUGCCGACCGUCAAGCUGUCGCAUCGGGGGCUGCACGCUCCCGCUGGAGACCAUGUUCAUUCCCGACUGUAACUAGUAUGCGGUAGAUCCCGUUUUUCGGACAAUUUUUGCGAAAAUGCCUACGUUUAAGUGAGAAGAAGGUGAGGAGAAAGAGGACGGAUGACUAUAUUUUGUCUCAGUAGCUUUCGUUGGCCCUAGGACAUCAGUUACAACCGCGGCAACCAGCUUAAUCAGCACUAGCUGGAGCCUUAGCUUCAAAGACGAGUCCCCCCUAAGGUCUGCAUGCGUGGAGGUGGAUUUGGUACGCAGUAUUUUCUGAAGUCGAGGUUCUCCCUCCGCAUAGCUUCCUCCAACUACCGUGUUUGUCACACACUGGAGGCCAGUUGACGUUCGCUCACUUCGACGGGGUUUGGGAAUUGUCGAUUUGGGUCCUGGCGUUGUCGUCUUGCGCGCUCGACGUUUCGCCUUGACCCCUAACACUGAUGCCCGCAGUUUUUGCAGUAUUUCGUCAGGAUUUCCGGUCCUGUGUGCCUGCUUUCUGCAGGUAUCUUUGUCAACUUGCGGGUACCUGAGAGAGGUCUUCAGGUUGCGCCCGUAUCGUCCCAUUUUUCUACUUAGCCUGCGAGGAUUCGUUGCGAAAACAACGUAUAAAAUUCACACAAUGACAGGUGGCACAUUCGAGCACUCUCUCUCUCUCUCUCAAUCGGCCUACGGUCAGAACGAAUCUGUCUGCGUUGUACUACGUGGACAAAUGAGGCGAAAUCAAUGUGUGACAUGUGACUAGCAUGCGCUUGGGUUUACGUGGGGGCAUUUCGGUUGAGAGGGUGCGUUCUUUCAUGGGGCACUCUUUACUACGGCCAAUUUUAUGGGCAACAGCUUCGUUCGAGUACAAUGAUCAAGUUUAAGAUAUUGCUACCGGUCGUUUUUACUGCAGUGCUCCAAACCUCUGUGGACUCUGCAGGUUUCUUUGUUGAUUUGCUGAAGGUACCUGAGGGAAUACUACAGGUUGCGGCCGUAUCGUCAUAUUUGAACGCGCACAAACUUGCCGAAAUAAAACUACUUCCGCAGUGGUGCAGGGAGAACAACUGAGCAUUUCAGACGCGCAAAAACACCAGGAGUCAAACCGAUCGGCUGGCAGCUAUAGUGCGCUUCCAGUGCAACACGUGGCCAAAGUAGGUCGAGGCAGGAGCAUGGGUGAUUUUAUUUCGAUUGGUGUCACGACUUCAGAUUUUCACAAUCACAAGUGAAGGGCUUUUUCCACGCCUACCAGGUUCAUUGAAGUACAGUAGCCAUCCAAGAGUCCACACGAAUGACGAAAUCCGGGGGGUCAGCAACUCGACUGAGUGCGAUCAGCUUGAGAAUCGAUAAUUUUGACCGGCACACAAGGCCAUAGCAAGGGCACGGCAACUGCGCACUUCAACACCUGGCCAGUCGAGCCGUGAUAUACUCGGGAGCUGCCACCUGCGAUUGGCAUGUAGCGGUCUAGCAACUACAUCCUUUAAAUGCUAACACCUGGACAAUUUACCACGCUUAUCUGACUCUGCCUCUGGUGAUCGAUCCGAGUGAGAAUCCGAAACGUCAGGCUAGUAAAGCGCUUGCUCCAGCGAUCAUGUCCCCUUCUUUGCGACUGGUAGGGGCUGCCACUAUAAGGGACCAGCGGUCCCCGUGAGACGGAGCUAAAGAGGGCAUGAGGGGAAAUCAAUUCCACGUCUUGGCCGCUACGUGAAUGGUGGCGCGAAGGGCCUGAUUGCGUUCACCAAACCACUUUCAUCAGGAAACACAAGCAUGUACUUUACAUAACCUACCCGCGGCUAUGUAGCCGUUGAGAAUUCCACGAAACGCAACAUCGCGUCACAGGUCAACCGCACUCUAGGUGAGGUCAUGUGCAAAGCAAAGUUAUUCUGCACGCAGACCAUAAAGUGUGACCUCUAUCUAUUGAGAUAUUUGGCAAACAUCAGGAUGACCUCCCCUAGCCUAAAGACGAUAUGCAGCAUUACCUGUACCACUCCUCAUAGACACGGGCCAAUCAAAUUCCAGGCGCACACACUGCGGUCGUGGUCAAUGGCUAGAUGCUGUCGAGAAUGUACAUGCCCCACUCAGAAACCACGUGGGGCGGGACACAAACACGUGCUCCCCAGUGAGAUCGAAUGACUAUUUUUUGAGAAUGCGGACAUUCCCAGCAGUAAUCAGGCAAUUUUUAAACCCCUGACAUGAUAAAUCACGUAACUCACUAUAUGUAGGUAUAGUGGUGAGCUCUGCUUAGCAUACAGUGUGCGCCAUCUAUAUUGCAAGACAUCGUAAACACGCGAAUGACCUCCUUUGGCACAAAAGGCGUGUGAGACUAGCGAGCUUGAAAAAACGCAGGCAUGGUCAGAUUGCCUCUAGGAAGCCGUAAUCUGCCGUAAAUUAACAGAAAGGUGUACUUUUUAAUCGCAUACUCUAGGGUAUGUGAUUGACACAUUUUGCUGACAUUAGAAAUCAUUGAAAGAUGCACACUGCUGCGUGUCGACUACACAGCUGCAUGAGUAUCCACACGAUCCGAGAGCCUACCGGAUAAUUUCAUUAAUUUCAUCGCCUUCGGUGGUUGGUUAUUCUGGACUUUUUUUAUGAGUGUUUCUCCCUCCAGGCAUGGGUCAGAAUAGGCUCUGAGCAGAUCCAAGCACAAAGUUACUAAGGCAGGCGUAUUAUUAUAAUUAUUGUCAAGAGAAGGACUUCUUGCUAGACUGGCGAUAUUGCGGUUCGGUUUUCUCGACAAACAACAUCGGGGUCAUCCGACCGAAUGCCACGAGGCGGUACCUCGCGUUAAGGGGUGGGCUGUGCCUUAGCUGUGCACGGCGUAGGUGCGGGGACGGACUGUUUGACAGUCGAACUGUCGCCGCCACCACUACCCCGUAUCGGGUCGGCCGAGGCUGCAUCACGUGCCUCACGACGCAACGUGGCCAUCGGUCAGGAGGUCAGGCGCAGCGUGAGAACCUUUGAUCCGUCGACGAUUUCCGCCGACAGGGCGACCGACGAGAGCGCUAGUCACGGAUGAGCAAUGCUCUGGAUGACUCAUGCAAGAGGAUGAUAGCCUCAUGGGAGGGGGUGGGGAAGAGUUAGGCCGGCACUGGGUAUCCACCCCCAUAGCAGAUCAGCGUGUUCCUCAUUAUGACCGUUUUAACCCAUUGAACCAAUCACGAUUGCCUUACAGACAUGAUCUGGAAUGUUGCCAAUUGGUGGUUAACUCACUUCUUCUCAGAAGAGAGUCAGAAUGUGAUGGCUCCCUUCAUGGCAAUCUCACUGAAUUGAGAUCCGAGCCGCUCUUGCAGUAGUCUGAUGCACCACUGCAGUCUGCGCAAGGAUUUGUAAAAAUGGACAGCCACCGCACCACUUUACCAAACUCGUCGUUCAGCGAGUGUCCCCCAAUGAGAUCGGAUCAUGCCCGCGUGGCGGAGUCAAAAGGGCUACUGUGUUCUGAUCUUUAUUCCAAAGGAGGCACUUGGUCAUUGCAUGCAACAGUGCAAACAUAUGAUGGUUGACUCUUCUUGCCCGGGCCUCUCCCAUUUGAUUGGCCACGAAAUUAUUGCGUCAGGACUGCCGAAUCCGUGUGGGUUCCCGCCAGGUCCCCUGAUUAACCUGCAGCCGAGUCUGAACGUUAGCGCUCCACUCCACGACCCUGGCCAACAACAAACACUUGACAAGGAUUUUAACCAACAAUAACAACACACCACGACGAUCCAGAGGGGAGGGAUGACUGGGCAGUCAUGCCCGCGAACGGUAUACCCAGCGGCAGCUCUGCUAACCGAAUUCAACAUAAUUGUCACUAAAAGGCAACAAAAUAAAAAACAAAUGCAAAGACGGGUCAGGUAGGUAAUGAGAGCGUUGAGGCAGGCACGGCGUGCGCACUGCAGUGUGAAAGGGCAAAAAGUGGCGUCGAAGCGAGCGUGAGAACUAUCGGGCGCCGAAAUUAAUCGAUAUGCAAGUGCGAUUAUACGCGGCCGUUAGCGGCCUUCGCGACGCCGGCGCAGCCGACCCAACAGCCAAUCAAAUAACGAACUCGCUGAUGACUCAUUACCCCCAUCGAGUACGCUAGCUCACGGUGAGCUCGCUUGCUAUUAGGGCGCCCCUCAAUAACACGAUACACCAGGUGACUAAUGUCCUUUUGCUCACCAAUGCAAGUGUUAUUUUUUUAUUUCUACCAUAAACGAAAGUGGCGCAGCAUCUCGUGCUUGGCAUUGCUUCUCGUGUUUGAUGAUGAUGAUGAUGAUGAUGAUGAUGAUGAUGAUGAUGAUGAUGAUGAUGAUGAUGAUGAUGAUGAUGAUGAUGAUGAUGAUGAUGAUGAUGAUGAUGAUGAUGACAAGUCAUAA